UACGAUCCCACUCUAAUAUUAAGUCAGCUUCAUAUCAAUAUCAAACCUGAAUCGGUCUCUAGCUACCACAAGACACCGCCGUGAAUUCCGUAUAUAUAUAUAGAUGCAACAAGAAAUAUUAAUUACUCCUUAACCCCACCUAUAAAAACCCUUGAAUCCUUGGUAUUUUUUCCAAGCACAAAAACUCCCCUAUAUUUCUUUUCAUUUUCAUUCCCAAUGAGAAAGAAAAAUAGUAGCAAAUUAAUCAUCCCACCAUGGGGUGACUUUGACCCUUUCUUAUUAUCACAUAUACUUUCGUUUCUUCCCCUCCAUGACCAACUGUUUGUCACUCCUUACGUGUCUCGUGCAUGGCUCACUGCAACUCUAGACACCCUCUUCCACAACUCCAUCUUAGAUCUCGUUUUGAUCGAUGAGCUCGACGAUGAAAUCCAACGGCUGAGAUUCACUCAUCUUCUUCGACUUGCUAUCAAUCGGUACCAUGGUUGGGUCUCUAUUUAUCUCCCAAGGAAGUACAUGCUUAGUUACUUUGCUAUGGUUUACAUAGCCGAAAGAACUCCAAUGAUUUCAAGUCUUAUUAUGCCUUGUGAUGUUGCUUUACAUGCUGGCCUUGUUCACACAUCUUUGCUAUAUUGGGAAAACCUUAAGGUUUUCAAAGCAAGACUUGAUUCCCAUGAAGGAUUACUACUACAACAACUUGCUGAUUCUUGCAAAAACAUUGUUGAGCUUGGUGUUCAUGGAGAAAUAACAGAGAAGGAGGUUUCAAGUAUCAUAGAAGGGUUCCCUCGGCUAAAGAUUUUGGAUAUUUCAGAGUCUACUUUGUGUCACAAAGCUUUGAACUUGCUCUUGGAUGGAAAGUUGAGGAGCCUUAGGGAGCUAGACAUUUUGCAUUGUUCGAUUGUCGGUGAUGAUGGAAAAGACAUAACUCUCCCUACAUCUCAAAUGCUGUCCAUGAAAUUCAACAGGGAAAUCCAAGAGAAAGCUUCUCAGUUAAAGAGUGUCAAGUUCACACAUUGCUUGGGAAUCUAUUGAAUCUCUUGUAAGCUAGCUGUGCAAGGAAAAGUUUUUGAGUGGAAGUGAUCUUUCGGCGAAAUAGAAUAUUCAACUAUAUAUGAUAAGGGAUUAGCGAGUAUCAAAGGUAAGUAUAUAUCAUUAUUAUAGGUAGAAUGUUAUGAAGAUGACGAUGAGCACGAUAGAUGGCUGCAGAACACCAUUUUAUCUCUAUAUGGUUUGUUUUGUGUGAUAAGCAAUGAUGUUUUAACUAUUAUGCAAUUCAUUGAUAUAUGCUUUAUAUAGUUUUGAGUUUGACUGGUUGUUAAUGUUAUAUUAAUAAUUUUUUUUUUCUCAUGUUCUUUCCUUCCGGAUAUUAAUUUUCAAUAUAAUAAGAGCUUUUUCAUGUUUUGAGAUA